CCUCAAAUAGAGCAUUUGCUGCUCAACGAUUCGAACAAUAAACUUAAACGGAACAACGGUCGUAACGGUAAAAGUGUGUGUAAUUCUGUGGUCCAAGUGCAUAUUCGUUUUGGAAAAGCCUCCCAACCUCUUCUAUCAAAUAAGAAAGUUAACAACAACAAUAAAAACAGUUGUGUUGGGCUUAAGUGAAUAAUUAAUGGGAAAAUAAAACCACAACAACAACAAUGUCGCUCAGUUUGAAAAAUCCUGAAAAUCUGGAUACGACGACAGUCAAGGUCGGUUGUCUUUAUUUUGGUCUGUUUUCCGGUGGCCACCAAAACGGUCAUUAUGAUGAACAUCGUCGUCGUCGUAAUGUUGUUUGUAAAAGUUUCACGAGCCCGGUAUUGCCGCCAACCGCCGUAAUUAGACAACGACCACAUCGGGGGCACAAAAGUUGUUGGUUCAGUUCAAUUGCUAUUGAACUGUUUCUGGUCGUAUUAAUUGUGAUGAUGAUUGUAAGCGGAAUAGAUGCACGAAAUGCAACGCAAAGAAGUCUUGAAUAUAAAGUCGAAUGCUUGGAGGAUAUAGUGCGAUUUUAUCGAGAUCCCAAUCGGCCUGUACACAAAAUCUGGACUAGCUCAGAGUGUUCAAAAUAUUAUUUGUGUUUGGAGGGAGAAGUAUUCAAUUUUAAAUGUUCCGAGGGAUUGUUGUUCGAUGUGGUUAGGCAAAUAUGUGAUUUCAAACAAAAUGUGGAUAAUUGUGAUAUAACAGCGGAAACACCCGUGCCAAAACCUCUGCUUGACGAAGCCGAUUGCCAAGAUAAUCAAUGGGCCUGCGGUGAUGGCACUUGCCUACCCUCGGAAUAUUUCUGUGAUGGCUCUGUCGACUGUCCCGAUGAAUCCGAUGAGGGUUGGUGUGAUGCUGAUAAUGAUCCAAAUGCUGCAGAAUCAUGUGAUCCGAAAAAUUGCCACUUGCCCGAUUGUCAUUGUUCGAAAGAUGGUACAAUAAUUCCGGGUCGCCUUGAGGCACAUAUGGUGCCACAAAUGAUAUUGUUGACAUUCGAUGAUGCGGUAAAUUUUGAAAAUUGGGAUUUGUUUUCAAAGGUGCUGUUUAAAGGUCAACGACGCAAUCCCAAUGGCUGUCCAAUCAGGGCCACCUUCUUUGUAUCACAUCCAUUUACCAACUAUCAGUAUAUACAGAAGUUGUGGAAUGAUGGUCAUGAAAUUGCCGUUCAUUCAGUAACGCAUCGUGGUCCCGAAAUGUUUUGGUCCCACAAUGCAACCAUUGAAGACUGGUUCGAUGAGAUGGUGGGCCAGGCGAACAUAUUGAAUCGUUUUGCCAGUGUUCGCAUGGAAGAGAUUCGUGGCAUGAGAGUACCCUUUCUGCGUGUUGGAUGGAAUCGACAAUUCUUAAUGAUGAAAGAAUUUGGUUUUGUCUAUGACUCUUCAAUGGUGGCUCCAUUUUCUAAUCCACCCUUAUGGCCGUAUACAAUGGAUUAUAAAAUGCCACACAAUUGUAUUGGUAACAAACAGAAUUGUCCGUCACGUAGUUAUCCAGGCAUAUGGGAAAUGGUCAUCAAUCAAUUGGAAGUUGGUGAAUACACAUGUACAAUGGUGGACAGCUGUCCACCUCAUUUGUCGGGUGAUGAUAUCUAUCGCAUGCUGACACAUAAUUUCAAACGACAUUAUCUUUCAAAUCGUGCACCUUUGGGUUUAUACUUCCAUGCCAAUUGGUUUAAGAAAACUGAAUAUUUAAAUGCAUUUAUGAAAUUCUUAGAUGAUUUACAAAAACUACCCGAUGUUUAUUUCGUUACCAAUCAACAAGCCAUACAAUGGAUGCGUACGCCAACAUCCAGCAAUAUGCUACAUCAAUUCGAGCCAUGGUCAUGCAAACCAAAACACUUGGAACCAAGUGAAAAAGUAUGCAAUCUACCCAACAUGUGUAAACUGAGAAGUAGGGUAUUGCAACAGGAUCGUUAUCUAUACACAUGUAAAGAGUGUCCACCACAAUAUCCGUGGAUACGCAAUGAAUUUGGUUUAGAUUAAAUAUUUAUGCCUACACGUAAAAUAUUAAAAUACAUCUAACUUAACCAUAGUUUUGUAAGGCCAUUAAAUAUCGUUAAAAAUAAUUAUUUAUUAACAUCUUAUUCCAUAUCUUUUUGUUAAAUAAAAAAAACUUAUUUAAAAUCCAAAA